UAAUCCCUUCCGGUGAGUUUCUUGAAUUUAACGGUUAGGUUUUGCCAACCUUCUUUAUUGAAAUAGGUGGUCGGUCUAUUACUCAACUCGACUUCCCUCACACAAAGAUCACAAAAUAUUUUUGUCAUCCUUUUUGCUGUGAACUUUGAUUUGUGCAUGUGUCUAAGUCAUGCUUGUUGUUGUGAACAUUGACUCACGCAUGAGUUUAUGUAAUUUUGCCAUGAUUUUUUCUGUAGAUUUAAGAACGGUUUUUUAUUGAUGAAUUAGUAAUACAGAAAAAUGAAAUGUAUCAGGAUAGUUGUUUGUCGAACAACACAGGAUUUCUUGUUCUUUAAAUCUUUUUACUUUUUUAUUCAUAACCUUUUUCUUAUGCUGCUUUACAUUAUUAGGCAACCAGACAUGCAGAAAUGGAAGCCAUUGACAUACUUAUGGAACAAUGGCAAAUGGCUGGACUGAACUGCUUACAAGUCGCACAAAGAUUUUCUUCAUGUGAUCUUUAUGUGACAUGUGAGCCGUGUAUAAUGUGCGCAGCGGCAUUGUCCAUUCUUGGUAUUAGGGAAGUUUAUUAUGGUUGUGCUAAUGACAAAUUUGGAGGGUGUGGUUCUAUCUUGUCUUUGCAUGAAGGCGCUUCACUUGAAUAUUCCAGCUCCAAAACCCCAUAGGCCAGUUCGAGUUCCUCAGUUGCAGCUGGGAACGGGUUCUUCUGUAGAUCGCUAGGCUCAUUCAAAAGUUGAUUUUGAAUGCCAACUCUAUUCUAUAUGUUGUAAUCCCUUGAAGCCAAACAGUUCAAUAUUUAUUAUAUUUUUUUCCUUUUACCUUCUACCAGCUUGAUCAAUUCAGUUAUGUACAACUCAAAGCGUCAUUUCAUAAUGUCCAAUCUUGAUCUAAUGGAUCAUUAGUGUCUUUUAAAGCAGAUUUUGUUCCUCAUCAGAACUUUUGAUAGCAAGGACUGUAUGUUUGAACAUGGUACGUUUUGUCACUGCAGAA